GGGCUAGAUGAGCUGUGCAGUGAACGGUUAACACGAUCUCGUUCCACAAUGCUGAAGAGGACUGACAAUGCCUUCCUCUCCCUUUGCGUCCGCCACCUGCCCGCCUGAUAAGAUUUGGCCCCAGAAUGAACAUAGCGUGCGUCUUUAAUGCCUUGCUAGUGUGUGUCCUUGCAGCCGUGCUGUGGAAAUACAUCAAGCUGCGAGAUCACGCCUUCGUGUUGGAAGAGGAGCUGGUCCUCACUCGCCAGACCCAGGAGCUCUCUCAGGUCCGCACUGAGUACCAGGCUGCUCUUCAAGACCUGGUGAACGAUGGCACCAGGAUGGUGUGCGCUGGCAAGAUGCACACUGACCGGAUCUGCCGAUUUGAAUCCCUCUGCUAUUCCACGGAGGCUGAGGAAUUCAUCUUCUUCCACAGCAACUCCUCGGUCAUGCUCCCCAACUUGGGCUCCAGGAGAUUCCAGCCUGCCCUGCUUGAUCUCUCCUCGGUGGAAGACCACAACACACAGUAUUUCAACUUCGUAGAACUGCCGGCCGCGUCCCUUAAAUUUAUGCCAAAGCCGGUGUUUGUCCCCGACGUGGCCCUGAUCCUGAACAGAUUCAACCCGGACAACUUGAUGCACGUUUUUCACGAUGAUCUCCUCCCGAUCUUCUACACCAUGCAGCAGUUCCCAGAUUUGGACCAGGAGGCCAGGUUGUUUUUCAUGGAAGGUUCUGGCGAAGGCCUGCAUUUUGAGCUGUACAAACUGCUCAGCAGCAAACAGCCGCUGUUGAGAGAGCAGCUUAAGUCUCUGGGGCGUCUCCUCUGCUUCACCAAGUCGUACGUGGGGCUGUCGAAAACCACCACGUGGUACCAGUACGGGUUUGUCCAGCCGCAGGGGCCGAAAGCCAACAUCCUGGUCUCCGGGAACGAGAUCCGCCAGUUCACCAAAUUCGUGACAGGGAAGUUGAACGUGAGCUUGGAAAGGACGCCCGGCGAAGAAUACAUUGUGGUUUUCAGCCGAACCAUAAACAGGAUAAUCCUCAACGAGGCAGAACUCAUUCUGGCGCUCGCCCAAGAAUUUCAGAUGAAAGCCAUUACUGUCUCCAUCGAAGACCACGCAUUCUCUGAUAUCGUGAGCCUCAUCAGCAACGCCUCCAUGUUAGUCAGCAUGCACGGAGCGCAGCUUGCAAUGUCCCUCUUCCUGCCCAGGGGAUCCAGUGUGGUGGAGCUCUUCCCGUACGCCAUAAACCCCGAGCAUUACACACCUUACAAAACGUUGUGUACCCUUCCCGGCAUGGACCUCCAGUACAUCGCCUGGCGGAACACCGAGAAGGAGAACACGGUCGCUUACCCAGACAGGCCCUGGGACCAAGGAGGAAUCGCCCACUUAGACAGGGCAGAGCAGGACCGCAUCUUGAAAAGCAGCGAGGUUCCCCGGCACCUCUGCUGCCGGAACCCGGAGUGGCUUUUCCGCAUCUACCAGGACACGGAAGUCAACGUUGCUUCCCUUAUCCAGGUGGUCAGGCAGGCCGUGAAGACGAAGCCUGGGCCUAAGAGGCAGAAAGGGACGGGCGGCCUCUACCCAGGCAAAGUCAGAGGUGCCAAGUGUCAAACCUCCGUCCAGGGUGCCAGCGAGGCCAAACUCUCUGUGUCCUGGCAGAUCCCUUGGAACCUGAAGUACCUGAAGGUCCGGGAAGUCAAAUACGAAGUGUGGAUACAGGAGCAAGGGGAAAACACGUACGUGCCUUACACCGUGUCCCAUCAGAACCACACCUUUUCGGACAACAUCAAGCCUUUCACAAACUACCUAGUGUGGAUCCGCUGCAUUUUCAACACGAAUCUCCUUGGGCCCUUUGCAGACGUGCUGUUGUGUAGUACGUAAUCGCCACCCAGUUGCUUUUUUGGGGGUUGGGGAGUUGAUUCCAGCAAGGGGCUUUGAAAUAAGGCAGGGUGGUCCCUAUUGUCCUGUAGUUUUUCAAGUGGCCUCACCAGGACUUUUAGACCACGCUAGUG